CUGUCUGUUUAUGAGAUUUUGUUUUGUUUCUAGACCUUUACAGUCAUCAUUGAAUAGGAUAAGCCUAUGGGUAUCCUAACAAACACAUUUCCAGAUGGAAUGGCUGAUUCAUGGAAUAAUUGGGGUUGGAAGAGACCUCUGAGCUCAUCAAGUCCAGCCUAUAAAUGUAGAGCCUCGUACGUGCUCAGCACAGGGACACGUUCAUCGAGGAACGCUAUGGGAAAUACAACAUCAGUGAUCCAUUGAUGGCUUUGCAGAGAGAUUUUGAGACCCUGAAAGAGGGGAAUCAUGGUGAAAAGCAGCCAGUAUGCUCCAAUCCUUUAUCUAUUUUGAAAGUGGUGAUGAAACACUGCAAGAAUAUGCAGGAAAGAAUGUUAUCCCAGCUAGCUGCUGCAGAAAGCAGACACAGAAAGGUGAUCCUGGACCUGGAGGAGGAGAGGCAGAGGCACGCCCAGGACACGGCCGAGGGGGACGAUGUCACCUACAUGCUGGAGAAGGAGCGGGAGCGGCUCACCCAGCAGGUGGAGUUUGAAAAAUCCCAAGUGAAGAAGUUUGAAAAAGAGCAGAAGAAGCUGUCAAGCCAGUUGGAGGAAGAAAGAGCACGCCACAAGCAACUGUCUUCCAUGCUUGUUGUGGAGUGCAAGAAAGCCACUGCCAAAGCAGCUGAAGAGGGCCAGAAGACAGCAGAACUGAGCUUGAAAUUGGAAAAGGAGAAGAGUAAGGUGAGUAAACUGGAAGAGGAGCUGGCAGCCAAGAAGAAGCGGGGUUUGCAGAUGGAAGCACAAGUAGAAAAGCAGCUCUCAGAGUUUGACAUUGAAAGAGAACAGCUGAAAGCUAAGCUUAACAGAGAAGAAAACCGUACAAAAGCACUCAAAGAAGAGGUGGAAUGUCUGAAGAAAGCCCUGAAAGAGCUGGAGGCUUCCUGCCAGGAGCACAGUCCCUCUGAGGCUGUGCAUCCCAGCCCCUCAGUGACGUCCAGGGGGGUCACAACUGACAGUCCCCCAGUGAAGUCUGUGUCCUGCCAGACCGAGAGUGUGCAGGCAGGACGAGCAAACGCUGCCAGCAGCAGCAAAGCUGCUCACCCCGUGUCUGCCAGCCCCUCCACGCCUGUUCAUUCCUAUGCAAAAUCCAACGGGCACUGUGACACGGACGGGCAGAUGGGUGGGGAGACAAACGCUGCGGAGAGCCAAGUGCACAGGGAGAAAUCUGCUGCAGCCCUGGAAAACACUGUGGAGAAUGGAAGUUCUCCUGUAAGAACAGAGUCACCGGUGCAUCUGAUGUCCCAGCUCCCCUCUGCUGGGGUGUCCCUGUCCCCCAGCAGCACAGCUGCCUCCUCUCUGACCCCUUCUCCCUGCUCCUCACCGGUGCUGGCUAAACGCUUGGUGGGAGCCUCUGCCAGCAGCCCUGGCUACCAGUCCUCCUACCAGGUGGGCAUCAACCAGCGUUUCCACGCGGCUCGGCACAAGUUCCAGUCCCAGGCGGAGCAGGAGCAUCAGUCGAGCGGCCUGCAGAGCCCCCCCUCGCGGGACCUGUCCCCCACCCUGGCCGACAACUCUGCUGCCAAGCAGCUGGCCCGCAACACGGUCACCCAGGUGCUGUCCAGGUUCACCAGCCAGCAGGGUCCCAUCAAGCCUGUCUCCCCUAACAGCUCCCCUUUUGGCACGGACUAUCGAAACCUGGCAAAUGCUGUCAGCCCCAAGAGCGAGUCUGGGCACUCCCCAAGCCCUGCCAAGGUUUCCAGCCCGCUAAGCCCCUUGUCUCCUGGAAUUAAGUCACCAACCAUUCCUAGAGCAGAAAGAGGGAACCCUCCACCCAUUCCUCCAAAGAAACCUGGCCUCGCUCAGUCACCUGCUGCUGCUGCUCCGCUCACCAAAACCUCUUCCCAGGCCUCCUCCCUGGGUGCCCCCAUGGACGUGGCAAGCAGCUGCUCCAACAGCACUGUCGUGUCAAAUGGCAAAGACCUGGAGAUCCUCCUGCCAAGCAGCAGCUAGUCUCCAGAAAAUGGGAAUGUGACAUUCCACAGCUUAGCUUACCCUGGAGCUAAGACACUGUUUUUCCACUCCAUGUUAUUUAUUUCCAUAGUAGCAGAUUCUGUCUGUAUAAAGCAUUUAGUAUAUUUUUUUUUUCCUUUUUAAUAGGUAGGAAAAUAUUUUUGUUUAUGAAGAAACCUUAACUAAAGCUAUACAGUAGCCUCCAAAUGUCUCCUGGCAGCAGUCAAAUCAUUAGAGAUAACAACCAUAAUCAUGUGGUGGGACCUAUCAACCUCUAAUGGGACUGAAAUGCUACUUUUAAAUUAUGCAGAAAUAAUUUUUUGCAGACUUUUUACUCCAGAUGAACAUUUUAUAAAAGUGCCUGAACUAAGCCUGCAAUAUGAAUGUGAUUCUCGGGAAAAGGUGAGGAGGGGAACAUCUAGCUGCAGAAACAAAUUCUUCUGAGUCCUGAAUGUUAAAACCAACACUGGUUUUCCUUUUAAUUUUUACCAUUUGCUAAGAUAAGUUAGCAAAUGUGCUACAAGUUCUGCAAGGUGACCCCAGACUGGUGCAGCCAGCCAGGCUACGUCCUUCGGGACAUGGCUCCCAGCCAUUCGAGGAAGCACACAGGAGUUUCUUGGGGCAAGAUUUAGUUGUGAUACCAUCCAGAUUCCUUCUCUCUCAGUAUUCCUUGUCCAUACAGUUUUUCUGCUUUCCUGCCAAGAUGCCUGUGUGCUUUAAAUGGCUGAACUCUGGUUUCUGGUGUAUCACCUGGAAUUUUCAAGCUCUGCAAGAAUUCUACUGUUGUGUGUAGAACUUCUGAGAAAGAGAUCUUUCUGUUACUUGACAAAGAUCUCCCUAUUACUUGAAAAAGUAACUCAUCCAUACAAUACAGGUUUUUUGUAACACCUGUAACGUGGGGUCUCCAACUUUAAACAAAAGCAAUAAUUUUGUUCCUCAUCUCUGUCAGUUAAGUCUGGCUGACCUGGAUUUUACCCACUAGCUUUAGCUAGCUUUCCUUGGCUGCAAAUAUGGAACCAAAUCGUUGCUGCUGUGGAAUUGAAUAUGUAGAUCUGUGUAAGUAUGUCACACCUACACAGUGUAUUAGGGAAAUACUGAUCUCUUCUUGAUCUUCUGCCUCAUAAGAAGAAAACAUGGCAAUUCACUGAGAUUUAAAAAAAUUCCUCAGUGAGGAAUUGCCUAAGUUGGAGGCAGAUCAUGUGUGUGAAGAAGUACCCAGGAGAAGCAGUUGAUUCCUGUGCAGAAAUGUUUGCUGCAAGAAGACCAAUGGGCCCAGCAGAGUUGUUUUGUGAGUCAGUGUGCUGGGAAAUGCAGGACAAACACAGUGUUUGGGAUCAGGAUCAGUGGCAGAGGCUGGGAGCACGACCCCGAGUUAAUGAUCUCGGGUGUUGGAUGUGAGCUGAUCUAAAUUUAGAGAGCGGGCUCGGUGCUGCCCAGCGCUGGGACGUUCCCACAGCAGCAGCAGAGUGGGGUUUGUCCUGAGCUCAGCUCCCAGUGCCAGAGACACCCUCUCCUCUGGCCAUUUUCUCCAGACACAUCCCUGUGCCCUGGCAGGCUGCAGAGCUGUCAGUGCUCUGUGAGGUUCCUGUUGUUGGAGUGACCCCACGCAGCCGUGGCAGGGCUUUACAGGUUUGCACAGACCUUUUGAAAGCCUUUUAGGGAGUGACAUUAUGGCUGUUGUUCCUAAUCCAGUGGAACAGUGCGUGUUAACAGCAGGGACAGAGGCAGCCAGAGCUAAAUGGGCAGUGACUCUUUUGGAAGCACAUUUAUUACUUUUUCAGCUAAGUGUCCACAGCAGAUUUUUUUCCUCUUGCUGAGUGUAAAUGUAAAAAUGGAUGGGCAGAAGGAGUUUGGCCCAGGUAUCCCUUCUGAUUGAAAAAUGAGGCUUUUGUAUACACUGCUUUAAUGCGUUUCUUUGCUUUUACAUUAAUCUGACUGGUAUUAUCCCCUUUCUUUAUCGAUAGUUCUAGAGAGAGAGAUACUAUGAUGAAGUCUAAUAGGAAAUGCACUGAGUACUGUUUCUUCUAAAAUAUAAUAUGGGAAGGGGUAUGCAAAAGAAUGUAUUUUUGCUAGUAGACUAACUUCUGGAAGAAACUAAGCACAAGGGAUUAAAGUGGAUCCAACUAAUUCAGUAAGACAUUUAGAGUUAGUAUUUAACUGUUGAUGUAGAUUCUGUGUGGAAGCAACUAAAUAUUUCUUCUCUAACUCACAUGUGUCCUAAGCAGACAUUGUUGCAGAGUUUGUCACUGGCUAAUGGAGUAUAAUGAAGUGCAAAACAUAUAACACUAGUAUUAAUUCAUUAACACUUGUAAAUUUGUAAAGCCAAACGUACCAAGCUGAAGUCUUUAAUCAUUUUUUAUAGCUGAUGGCAUUAAACAUGUUAAACAUUCAUAUUAUCAAUAAAGGAUUUUAUUUUUAA